GGUGCGGUCGCAGGCCCGCCAAGGCACGGCAGCCGGGCGGUAACGUGAAGCAUCCACCGCAGACUCGGCGAGCCCACGGCACCGGGCGGCGCUGCCUCGCCGGGCGGCGCUGCCUCGGGUGCCUGCAGGGUGCGGGAGGCGGGCCCGGGGGAGGGCGUCAGGCGGUGGGGCGGGGUGCGGCGCGGCGUUGCGAGACGAGAGCUGGGACCAUGGCUAUUGACUGGAUUGGUUUUGCAUAUGCUGCAAUGCUGGCUGUUGGAGGUGUUGUAGGAUACACUCGUAAAGGUAGUAAAAUCUCUUUAGUUGCUGGUCUGACCUUCGGUUCCGUGGCUGGUUAUGGAGCUUACUGCGUGACACGUGACCCAAGAAAUGUGAAGAUAUCAUUGUUUUCAUCUUUUCUUUUGACCAUUAUAAUGGGAAUGAGGUUCAAGAGGUCCAAGAAAUUAAUGCCAGCCGGAAUAGUGGCAUGCCUGAGCCUUUUGAUGAUUUUGAGGCUUGUUUUUAUGCUGCUGUAGAAUGUGGAAACUCAAGAAUGGAAGUACGACUGCCAAGCCAUACUGAACAAACAGGCAAGCGCUCCAUACUUGAAAGACAAGUUUGAACACAAGUCUUAAACUGCAUUUAUCUUUCCUGUAAAGAUCUGUAUCUCUUUUUUAAACUGUUUUCUUGAUAUAUUUUGACCUAUUUCCAUUUAAACAGUCUAUUAACUCAAUGAAUCUUUCUUGUUAAUUUUGAUCUCUUUCAGGAGUGCUGAGCACUCCAAGAAAUUGAGUAGUAUAUAAAGAGAAGUAUAUAAAUACAUGAUUUAUGCUAAAAACCUGUACUGUAUUGACCCAUAAUUUUGUAGCUUCUGGGAUUCAGUAAUCAAUUCUGGCCUGUACUGUGGUGUAGUAGAAAACUCACCUUCUUUUCAAACACAUGCACUUGUUCAACUGCUCGUAAUGCAAAUACUAUUAUCAGUGGUCAAAUAAAACGUAAAUUGUGUGAGGCUUCUGCUUUUUCA